AUGGUGUACAUCGUUCUGUCUCGUGCCCAAGACGCACCAGUUCACCAUAGUCACCCGCACAGGCGUACGAGUACGCGGCAUGGGAAGCUGUCUGAUGUCAUUUCACCAUCUGCCAGGCCCGCUAUCCCUUCCUCUAGGGUCAAUACCCGGGUGGAGGCGGUAGACGACGACGAGUGGGACGGCAAGAAUAAUGGCGCCGCCACGUCGACGCCGAUGCCGACACCGUCUCGCUCGACUGCCGUGUCUAUUCCCGGGAAGCAUGUCGCUCCGCGAUCUGCCAAUGAGUAUAUGAACGAGCACAAGGACACCACUCCUGGAACAUCCUCACGACCUGGUCUACUGUCUCCCGAAUCCCAGACGCCCGGCACCCCAGACAGCACUUCUGCAAGCAAAGCAGCUGCCUCCUCUUCUGCCCCCGCUGCAGCCGCCGCCACCGACCGCACCAGCAGCACCAGCUUUUGGCGUUCCUGGAGAGGCAUUGUCAUCAUGGUCGCAGCUUCAUCCCUUGCCCUCGGUCUGGGCCUUGGCCUUGGCCUCGGUCUCGGUCUUCCCAACAACCAGAACAGGGAUACCACCACCGGAGGAGGUAACAGCAUCCAAAGCACAAAGCCCAACAUUGUCUUCAUCAUGUCCGAUGAUCAGGACAAGCAGCUCAACUCGAUGGACUACCAGAGUGCCAUCCAGCGCGAGCUGGUCGCCAAGGGCACCCAGUUCGUCAACCACUACACCAACACCGCUCUCUGCUGCCCGAGCCGCUCCACCAUCCUCCGUGGUCAGACUGUUCACAACACCAACCUGACCAAUGUCCAGCUCCCUGGUGGCUCCUACAACAAAUGGGUGGCCUCUGGUCAGGAUGAAGAGUAUAUCCCCCACUGGCUUCAGCAGGCAGGCUACAGGAACGAGUACGUCGGCAAGAUUAUGAACGGCUUCGGUACCUCCAACUACAAGACUGUUCCCAAAGGUUGGGAUCAUAGUGACAUGCUGCUCGAGCCUUACAUCGACGACUUCAACACCCCCGUCUUCUCGGCCAACGGGGAGGACCCCGUCUAUUACGAGGGCUUCCAUCAGACGGAUGUUAUCCGCAUCAAGGCCCUUGACCGUCUGGAUGCCCUCGCCGCCCAGGAAAAGCCCUUCUCCCUCUUCAUCUCCCCGUUUGCGCCCCACAUCGGCAGCAUCGGCCAGAAGGCUCAGAGCCGUCCCAUUCCCUGCAAGAGGCACAACCAGCUGUUCCCCGAUGUCAAGGUUCCGCGCAACCCCAACUGGAACCCUGAUGACGAGUACCAGCAGUCCAAGGGGGGCUGGCUGGGCUUCCUGCCCAAGAUGACCGACACCAUCAUCGACUUUGCCGACUAUGCCUACCGCUCGCGUCUGCAGGCCAUUCAGUCCAUUGACGAGAUUGUCGAGGACGUCAUCGCUAAGCUCGAGGAGAAGGAGCUCCUGAACAACACCUACGUCAUCUACACGUCGGACAACGGUUACCACGUCGGCCAGCACCGUGUGCCCGCUGGAAAGUCGCUGUUCUUCUCGGAGGACACCAACCUCCCCUUUGUGGUCCGAGGGCCCAAUGUGCCUCAGAAUGUGACGUCCAAGGUUCCCGGCCUUCACCUGGACCUUGCCCCCACCUUUCUGGAAAUCGCCGGUCUGGACCGUUCGAAGUGGCCCGAGUUCUUUGACGGCCGCAGCCUGCUGAACCAGUGGCACAACCCCCAGACCAGCAACGGUGACGGCUCUGGCAAGGGCAACGGCAAGGAGAGCAUCAACGUCGAGUACUGGGGUCUGGCCUCCAUCGAGGCUCCCAGCGGCGGCAGCCUGGGCUCUCCCUUCUACAACACGACAUACAAGACCAUCCGCACCCUGGGUGAGGACCAGAGCUGGCUGUACACCAAGUGGUGUAACGGCGAUGCCGAGCUGUACAACACGUCUGACGACCCGUAUGAGCUGACGAACCUGAUACCCGCUGGCGCUCACAAGCGUGUCGAGGAUCGGCUGAACGCCCUGCUCAUGGUGACCAAGUCGUGCGAGCAAGGGUCCUGCCGCGACCCCUGGGGCCUCAUAAGCCCGCCGGACGGUGCCCGUCUCACCACCCUGGGCCAGGCUCUUGACGCCUCCUACGACAAGUUCUUUGCCAACUUUGAGCGCGUCUCCUUCAACCAGUGCCUCACCUUCCAGGUUACCGACAACGAGGGCCCUUACUACCCGGAGAUUACGGAUGAGAACUCGGGUCUCGGUCGCGCCUACCGCAAGCCCACCUCGGGGCUGUCGUACAAGUUUGGCACCAGGAAGAUCACCGCCAAUGGUCUCCACGGUACAGCUGCCCAGCGCAAUUCCACCUACGAUGAGCUCACUUCAUCGUCUCGCAAGCUGACGGCCGACGAGAUUAAUACGAGCUGA